CUCCGGGCUGAAGCACCACCAGCUCCAAUCCUUGGGAAGGAUUUGUGUGCACAUACGCUGUGCUCAUCGCUUUAGUGGACCGAUUUCAAUCCCCCAAUCCGUGGCGAUUUCGCGUCGUUCUCGCUUGUGCACUGACGUUGAUCGAUCGGCACGUCCAUUUCGCGUUUGUCUGAGAAAGUUCUCUUGUUUGGCGUCGAUUGAAGUUUCUAGGUUUUCUGAGGUGCGAGGACGAUGAAGGAGGCUUUGGCGGUGGCGUUGAUGCUAUUGGCUGCGCUGAUUCCUUCGGCAUCCUCUUCGCCUACUACCGGUCCCGCUUUUCUCUGGUCCAGACACUACGAACGGCUUUCCACUGAUGGGAUCAAGGAACUUGUAAACUAUCAGACCAUAUCUCCAAAGACUCUGGCCAAGUCAAUUCUUUCAAAGGGCGGGUGGUCGGACUUCUUGUGCUUGGGAAAGAAAAGUCAGCAGCCUGUGGAUGUUGCUCUUGUUUUUCUUGGUAGAGAGCAUACAUUAAACUUCGGUAUUUUGCAUAUGAUGCAUAUAGUUUUUCCCUCCAUUGGGCAUAAGGUGCAAUCUUUGGAUAUCUCUGCUAACAACCAUGUGGAUCCAGCUCUAGUAGACUUGCUUAAGGUCUCUUUUACAAGGUCUAAUUUUUCAAUGGCGUUUCCUUACGUUGCUGCCAUUGAGGAGGAGACAGUGGAAACUUCGUUGAUAUCUGGUUUCACUGAAACUUGUGGUCAAGAUUUAGAGACCAGUAGCAUUGCUCUUCUCGGAUCAUGCUCCUUACAGGGGGACAAUUACCAUAAACUUUCUGACCUGCAGUCGCUCAAUGAUUAUCUAGCUUCCAGAAAGGAAAAGAGACCUGAAGGGAAGGCAGAUCUUGUUAUGUUUUGCCAUGAAGCAUCUGGUCUUUCGCCUGAAUCUGAAGUACUGCCUUCAGAAAGUGAAAUUUUCUCUGAACUUCUUCUAUCCAUGGAGCGGUCCGGGCAGAAAUUUGCUUCUCUCUAUGUUUCACGUCCUUAUAGCUCAGUUCAGUAUCCUUCUCUUCGGGAAGUAGAAAGGUUUCUUGCUGAAGGCAGUGCUGGGAAUGCAUCGCCCAAUUCAACAUGCGAGGGAGUUUGCCAGAUCAAAUCAUCACUCAUAGAAGGACUUUUUGUUGGGCUUGUCUUGCUUGUAAUCUUAAUAUCUGGCCUUAGUUGCAUGAUGGGCAUUCAAACUCCAACAAGAUUCGAGGUGCCUCAAGAGUCCUGAGUUCUCAGUUCAGUGUUUUAUCGUGGCAGCGUGCCGCCAGAUGUACUGAAAGGUGCCCGCAAGUUAAUAUUUGUAAUAGCCUGUCCAUCUGCUUAUAUUUGUUAAAUGGUUCGUUUGUAUCUGGCAUAUUUGAAUAGAGUUCGGUCUUUUUGUACCCUUCGGAUCACUUAAUUUCUAUCCCAGGAAUCAUAAAUGAGUCGUUGAGGGCAUGU